CCGCCAAGCAAGAGGCGAGUGUGGGCGUCUCCGCGCGCGCGGCCGCAUCUCCGUGCGCGGCCCCCGGCUCCGCCGCAGCCCGGUCGGCAGCCCGCGGACCCACAAGCACCGCACGGAGAACUUGAUGCUAAGUGGAACUACACGAUGAUGCUGAUGGUUGCCCCUUCCUUCUGAAGACAAAUGUGAGAGCUGUCUCAGGGAAAGCUGCGUGUUAUGCAGGAAGCUGCCAAGAUAAGCCUGCUCAUGUGAUGUAAGGAAGGAGCUCCUGGAGCCAGGAACCUGCUCCCGGUGUGAGAGACCCAGCCACGGCCUCCUGGCGGAGCUCCGGGACAAAAGCAGAAGAGACUUGGGGUGGAGCAGAGCUCAGAGGUGCUACUCAUCUUGCAACAGAAAAUGACCAUGUUACAGGACACAUUCUCGUUUGAAGAUUUAUCUGUGGACUUCACCCAAAAGGAAUGGCAGCUCUUGGACCCCAGUCAGAAGGACUUGUACAAGGAUGUCAUGUUGGAGAACUAUAGCAGCCUCGUGUCACUGGGGUACGAAGUUAUGAAACCUGAUGUCAUCUUCAAGUUGGAGCAAGGAGAAGAGCCGUGGAUUGGAGAUGGAGAAGUUCCAAGUUCAGAUCGUCCAGAACAAGUCUUGCAAGUAGAUGGUCACAUGACAUGGCACCAGGAUAACCAAGAGAAGCUUAGAAAUAUGAAACAAGAUCAUGAAUGUGAUACUUUUGGAAAAAAAUUCAAUCUGAGCAUAAACUUUGUUCCUUUAAGGAAAUCAAACAGUGAAGAUGACGUAGAUGGAUUACUUUUAAAACAUCACUUAGAUUUACUUAUUCCAAAAGCAGAUUACGGAAAAGCGGAACCACACGGCUUAAGUGUAUUUGAUAAAUUGUUUCUCCAUACCAAGCCUGAGGAAACUAAUACUUGGUUAAAAUACUAUGACUAUGAUAAAUAUGAUAAAAUUAGCUCUAAGAAGUCACAGAUUAUCAUAUAUCAUAGAACUCGUUUAGGGGAGAAACUCUAUGAAUGUAGUGAAUGUAGGAAACGCUUCAGUAAGAAAUCAAGUCUCAUUAAGCAUCAGAGCAGACAUAUAAGAGAGAUCGCCUAUGGCUGUGGUAAGUGUGGCAAAACCUUUCCCCAGAAGUCACAGUUUAUUACUCAUCACAGAACUCAUACAGGAGAGAAGCCUUAUAAUUGUGGCCAGUGCGGGAAAGCCUUCUCCCAAAAAUCGCAGCUCACAUCCCAUCAGAGAACACACACAGGAGAGAAACCGUAUGAAUGUGGUGAAUGUGGGAAAGCCUUCUCCCGGAAGUCACAUCUCAUCUCGCAUUGGAGGACACACACAGGUGAAAAACCCUACGGGUGCAAUGAAUGUGGGAGGGCCUUUAGUGAGAAGUCAAAUCUUAUUAAUCAUCAGAGAAUUCAUACCGGAGAGAAACCUUUUGAAUGCAGAGAAUGUGGGAAAGCUUUCAGUAGGAAGUCACAACUUGUUACCCAUCACAGGACUCACACAGGAACAAAACCCUAUGGAUGUAGUGAUUGUAGAAAAGCCUUCUUUGAGAAAUCAGAGCUCAUUAGACAUCAGACCAUUCAUACAGGAGAGAAGCCCUACGAAUGCAGUGAAUGUCGGAAAGCCUUCAGAGAGCGCUCGAGUCUCAUUAACCACCAGAGAACUCACACAGGAGAGAAGCCUCAUGUGUGCAUUCAGUGCGGGAAAGCCUUCUCCCAGAAGUCACAUCUCAUAUCCCAUCAGAUGACACACACAGGAGAGAAACCCUUCGUAUGCAGUAAAUGUGGGAAAGCCUUCAGCAGGAAAUCUCAGCUUGUUAGACAUCAGAGAACUCACACAGGAGAAAAGCCCUAUGAAUGCAGUGAGUGUGGGAAGGCUUUCAGUGAAAAAUUGAGCCUUACUAAUCAUCAGAGAAUUCAUACAGGAGAAAAACCCUACGUGUGCAGCGAGUGUGGGAAGGCCUUUUGUCAGAAGUCACAUCUCAUAUCCCAUCAGAGGACUCACACAGGAGAGAAACCCUAUGAAUGCACUGAAUGUGGGAAAGCCUUUGGUGAGAAGUCAAGUCUUGCAACUCACCAGAGAACUCAUACAGGAGAAAAACCAUACGGUUGUAGGGAUUGUGAAAAAGCCUUUUCUCAGAAGUCACAGCUGAAUACUCACCAGAGAAUCCACACAGGAGAGAAACCUUACGAAUGCAGUCUUUGUAGGAAAGCUUUCUUUGAGAAAUCGGAGCUAAUUAGACAUCAAAGAACUCACACAGGAGAAAAACCAUACGAAUGCACCGAGUGUGGGAAAGCCUUCAGGGAGAAGUCAAGCCUCAUCAAUCAUCAGAGAACACACACAGGCGAGAAACCCUUUGAGUGCAGUGUGUGUGGUAAAGCCUUUUCUCGGAAAUCACACCUCAUACCACAUCAGAGGACACACACUGGGGAGAAGCCCUACGGCUGCAGCGAAUGUAGGAAGGCCUUUUCUCAGAAGUCACAGCUUGUUAAUCACCAGAGAAUUCACACGGGAGAGAAGCCCUACCAGUGCCACGAAUGUGGGAAAGCCUUCUCCCAAAAGUCACAGCUCAUUAAUCACCAGAGAACUCAUACAGUGAAGAAGUCCUAGGAAUGGAGUCAAUACUGGUCUUUGAGAUCUCACUGUUUGUACUUCAGAAAACACGGUUAGGGUAAACCUUUCCGAUAAAUAGUUGCAUCACA